CGGCGGGGCCCAGAAAGAGAGAAAGCGAAGAGGACGCGCUGCGGAAGGAAGGGUCCCUCCUCGGCUCCCGAUCCCGGCAGCAGCGCCAUCAUGAUGACGGACUCCUCCGCCGCCGCUGCCGCCUCCUCCGAUCUGGAGAACCAGGAGAACAUCCCUCCGGGGCCGAAGGGGACCGCAGCCGCUGCAGCCCAGCUCCCUGGCGCCUAUGGCCAGCGUCUGGCCCUGGGGCUCCUGCAGGCCAACCAGCGCGCCUCCGCCUCCUCUUCCUCCUCAGCCCAGACCCAGGUCCCACUCUCCCAAAUACCUUGGAGUACAAAUGAUGAGAACUGUCUCGGUGUCCCGCUGGGCAAAAUGGGGAACAAGCAGCCCGCCUUCACAAUUCAUGUGGAUGAGCCUGAUGCCACCAGGCAGAAGAAACGGAUAUCCAAAAAGGCCUUGCCUAGUGAAGAGGCCCUGGGCCUGAGGACAGCUGUUGCUUCAGUAGGAACCAGGAAGCCUCUGACACCUAUAGACAAUCCAAUGGAUCUCAGUUCUGGGUCACCAAGUAUUAUGGAUAUGUCAAUAGUCCAAGAGACAGAACACAGAAUUAAUGUUAAUCAUGUACCAGAUUACAUUGAAGACAUCUAUAAAUAUCUUAGGGAAAUGGAGGUGAAGUGCAAGCCCAAAGUGGGUUACAUGAAGAAGCAGCCAGAUAUUACAAAUAACAUGCGAGCUAUUCUUGUGGACUGGCUAGUGGAGGUUGGUGAAGAAUACAAGCUACAAAAUGAAACACUGCACUUGGCUGUCAACUACAUUGACAGGUUUCUCUCUUCAAUGUCAGUGCUAAGAGGGAAACUUCAACUUGUGGGGACUGCAGCCAUGUUGCUGGCAUCAAAAUUUGAAGAAAUCUACCCUCCUGAAGUUGCAGAAUUUGUUUAUAUCACAGAUGACACUUACACAAAGAAGCAAGUCCUCAGGAUGGAGCACUUAGUUCUGAAAGUCCUGUCAUUUGACCUGGCAGCUCCUACAAUAAAUCAGUUCCUCACUCAGUACUUCCUACAUGAGCCAUCUAGUUCCCAAGUGGAAAACCUGGCAAUGUACUUGGGAGAACUGAGUUUAAUUGAUGCUGACACAUACUUGAAAUAUUUACCAUCAUUAAUUGCUGCUGCAGCAUUUCACAUAGCAAACUAUACCCUUUCUGGGAAAACUUGGACGGAUGCUCUUGCUAAAGUGACAGGAUACACAAUUGAGAAUCUUAAGCCUUGCCUCAUGGACCUUCACAAAACCUACUAUAGAGCUGCACAGCAUACUCAACAGUCUAUACGGGAGAAAUACAAGGCUAUAAAGUACAAUGCAGUAUCGCUUAUUGACCCUCCAGAGAGACUAAACCUAUAACAGUCAAAUAAGACUUGACAUCUCAAAGGUGUAUAUUGCCCCAAACAGCAAAUGUACAGUUUUAAAAUUGUAUUUAGACUUUGAUCACUCUGGUAUAUUACCAUAGAAAAUUAUGGAUAUUUUUUACUUUUAUAAUGUUUUAAUGUAAACUUUUGUACAUGCAAUCUUGUUCUAAGUGCUUAGAUGGAGCUUCUUUAACGUUUUGAUGAAACAGACUGAAACCAUGCUGGUACACCACUUUGGGUGUCACUGUUCUACUUUUUUAAGAGACAAGAGCCAUGUCAGUGGAGAUUCUGACUCUAAAUGACAAAUCAAGAUAGUGCAGAGGAGUUGAUUGACACAUACAAGAUAACAGUUUUCAGUUUCUCUGCAGACUCCAUAUAUAAUUAAGUUGCAGCCACAUUUUAGAAAAGUCAACCAGUGCCUAGUAAUCUCAGAUUUUAAAAAUGAUGCUACUGUAACACUUCCUGCUUUCAAGAAGUAUUACCUGGCUGCUAGAUAUUUGUACAAGCUGCCAAAGAUAGUAUCCCUUAGUGUGUGCUAUUAAAGUGGCUUCUUAACACAUUGCAUUAAUAGCUUUUGCUCAAACUCAUAGUAGCUCGGUUUGGGUGGAACAGGUAGUCUUCCUUUAAUACAGGACAUAGGUAGCUAUUACUUUUCUGAAAAUAAUUCCUGUGUUAUACUCACUGACUGAAUUCAUAAAGUGGGACUAAGUUUAUUCUGUUGCUUUUGAGCAAAGUUCCUGACUUACAAAUUUAUUCAGUGAGAAAGAUAAUGCAUUGCUCCUAGCUGGUACAUGAAGUUAACUUCAGUAAAAUUGCUGCUUUCAGUGCAUAUUGCCUUCAUUUACCUGUAGAUGGGCAUAGUCCUUACUAUGGGCAGCUUGUGUAAUUGGCAAAAGGCAUGGCACAGAUAAUUAUUUUCAGCAGCUGAGACAGGAUGGAAGUAGUGGGUGUCUUGUGCAAACUAAAUUCUAUCUCAAGGACUUCUAAAUUGUAAGGGUGGUGAACUUUUUUAGUCAUACUCAAAUAGAAUUGGAUUCCUGUAACCAAGAGUAGCACUGCUUGAUAUGAAUGACAAACCAAUGCAUGGAAAGACCUAAGUGUUAACCAUCUUGAAGCUGGUCAAUAAAAUCCUUGAA